GAAUAUUAAAAGUCAAAGCCACCUUCUCUUACACAGUGUCUGUAUCCAACAAAUAACACGACGAAGAAGAAGAAGAAAACAAACACGAAGAAGAUAUCAUUUAGAUCUUGAGAGAAAAUCAAAAGUCAAUCAAAUGGCGUCGAAAUCGAAGAAUAGCAUUCGUUACCAACCGAGAAAAUCAUCAUCGAGAUCGACUCAAGCGUUCAAGGUGAUCAUCCUACUGCUCGUGGUGAUUAUGAUUCUUCUCGGUUUCGGGAUCUUGUCACUUCCGAAUGCAAACAGAAACUCUUCCAAGCCCAACGACUUGACCAACAUUGUACGCAAGAGCCAGGAGCAGAGUAGUGGUGGAGAUGAGGAAGGGAACGGGGAGCGUUGGGUUGAAGUGAUAUCGUGGGAGCCUAGAGCUGUCGUUUACCACAAUUUUUUGACCAAUGAAGAAUGUGAGCACCUGAUCAACCUCGCUAAACCCAACAUGGUUAAGUCAGCGGUGGUUGAUGAGAAAACCGGUGGGAGCAAAGACAGCAGGUUUGCAUCCCACUCUUAUCGUUCAAACUUGGGAAAGGUUUGUUGUUUCUUAAUUUGUGUAUACGGUCCCUCUCUUUUCAGAGUAAGGACGAGCUCUGGAACUUUCCUUAGGAGAGGACAUGACGAAAUUGUUGAGACUAUUGAGAAAAGGAUUUCAGAUUUCACCUUCAUUCCUGUUGAAAAUGGAGAAGGUCUUCAGGUUCUUCACUACCAAGUAGGCCAGAAGUAUGAGCCUCACUAUGAUUAUUUCUUAGAUGAGUUCAACACCAAGAACGGUGGGCAACGUAUAGCUACUGUACUUAUGUACCUCUCGGAUGUUGAUGAUGGUGGCGAGACCGUGUUCCCGGCUGCAAAAGGAAACAUUAGUGCAGUCCCAUGGUGGAACGAGCUCUCGAAAUGUGGCAAAGAAGGACUCUCUGUUCUACCAAAGAAGCGAGAUGCUUUACUUUUCUGGAACAUGAGACCUGAUGCUUCUCUAGACCCUUCCAGUUUGCAUGGGGGAUGUCCAGUGGUGAAAGGAAACAAAUGGUCAUCCACCAAAUGGUUCCACGUCCACGAGUUCAAGGUCUAAAAUAGAAACUAAAAUUUGAAGAGGUUUUCACGACAGCUCAAGUUUGUGUAUUGUUGUAUUUUCCCUUAAAGUGAGGAUCAUUACUUAGGAAACUGGAGACUGUUUGUUCACGAGGGAUAUUUGAACAUUUUCUACUUUUUCUUCUAAACUACUUGAGAUUUUUGUAACUUUAUAUGUUCAGUCUGAGUUUUAUAACUUCAAUAAUACAACCACGCAUUUUCUGUUUGCACUCA